AUGACCAUGAACAGGAACACGAGCAAGAGCUGGAUAUAUUGGAAGACUUGGACGCAAAUACCUGGGUCACCUCAGGAGAGAUGCAGAACCUUCCUACAGAAAAACCUACUCUCUCAGUCCACGCGUAAAAUUAUACUUCAAUCCGAACCUAGGAAUAGGGAUAUUUCCUUUGACCCACCUAUCAUGGACAAGAAGUUAUGGAAUAGCAUGUUUAAACCAGCUAAAAAACAAGACAAAAAUAUACGACGCGUCAUAUAUAAAGUUUCUUCAGCGAUCAGACCCAUUGACAAUACGCUUAGAAUGGUAUACGCAUCAAAACCUGAGUCAACUGAUGGAGAAACAUACAAAACUUGGUUACAGAUGGAACAAACUGUACUUAAUUCAAGAGCUCUUAUAUUGGACGCGUUAUCGUUUGCCAAUGAGUUACGCCGCGAACAGGCCCUUAAGGCAACCAUAUCUCCAAAUUAUCAAAGACCUAUUGGAAAGGAGGAGGUAUUUGGAGAAUAA